UUCAAGUAUCCCUUGUCCAUGGUGAACCAAGCCCUGGAAGUUUUUGGCCCAAACCUCCUUAUUGCAUAUGACAUUGGAUGUAAACUCUUGACCAUAAUUGCGACCAGUUCCUUGAGUUCAAAGUUUGCAGCAUCAAACUCUUACAUGUGUAUGGAUGUAUUUUAUGGAUAUAUGCACAAUUAUGCCUAUCAGGAUCAGAAUCACCCUAAUGUUAUCAAGGGCACUGGCCUCGAGGAUUUUGGCACCAUGGAAUAUAUUUUCAGUUUAUCUAACCACCUUGCUUCUGUCAUUCACUAUGCCUCUACCUACAAAGAUCGGUACCUGAAUCUCGGACAAAUGUUGUAUAGGAACUAUGUCUAG